AUGAUGAUUAAAUUGAGUCAACAAGUCAAAAGUAAUGAUCAUGAAGUUUAUUUAAGAUUACAACAGCAAGAUUUGUGCCCGCAAUAUUACAGUUUUAGAUGGUUAACUUUAUUACUAUCUCAAGAGUUUCCACUGCCAGAUGUUAUGAGAAUUUGGGAUUCACUUUUUGCUGAUGAAAAAAGAUUCAGCUUUUUAAUACAUAUUUGCUGUGCUAUGAUACUAUUACUAAAAGAUCAAUUGCUAGAUAAUGAUUUUGCUACGAAUGUCAAAUUACUUCAGAACUUCCCUUCAAUGGACAUUCAAAUAGUGCUCACUAAAGCAGCUUCAUUGGCAGGAAAAAAUCUCAGUACUCCUUAG